AUACCAGAUCUCUGAGGUUGAAACAUCGAUGUCGAUCCGCGCCGCCGCUGCUCGCCGCCAUCCAUGGCGCUCUCUUCUCGCGAGACACUUCUCCUCCUCAUCCUCUUCCGCCGCCGUGGACUCGCUCCUCCUCCGAUCCCUCAAAGAGCACUACCUCGAAGUCUCCCGCAUGACGCCUCCCCCGAAGGUGAACCCUCCAUCGCCGUUCACGAUCGUGAAGGGGGGUCUUGAUCGGGAUGGCCCGGUGCUUCGUGGGGCGUACAAGGAUGAGGAAAUCUCCAUCACGGUGAUGCGCCUCGCCAACAUCGUCCCUGCUGAUGCCGAUGAUGACGAGAAUUCGAUCAACCAGUUGUUCCUCCAUGUCGAUGUGUCGAAACCCUCGAGGGCGGACUCGCUUCAUUUCCUCUGUGGGCUCUAUCCGGACGCGCUCGGUAUCCACUCUGUCUGCUUACGGCCCAAGGCGGAGUCUGGUGCUGCUCCUGAGUCGUCUAGGGUCGUCUCCAAGUACCAAGGCCGUGUUUUCUAUGAACUGGAUCAAAAACUAAGGGAUGCAUUCCACAUAUUUAUUGAGUCGCGGGGUGUGAAUGAAAAGCUUUUCCCAUUUCUCCAGGCCUGGCUUUAUGUGAAGGACCAUCGGAACCUGAUGCGAUGGUUCAAGAGUGUGGGCGCCUUCAUCAAUGAACAGAAGUCAGCUUGACCUAUAACUUGGAUGUAGGUUCAACGUGUUGGGGAAAAAACAGUUGCUCAUUAAUGAGUUUUCACCCAAAUGUUUGAAAAACUCAUUUCAUGUUCAGGGAAAUAGAAAUCAUUAUCUUCUAAAUAUUCCAACAGUUUUUUUUUUU